AUAUAUCAUUCCUUAAUUGCGGGAUUACUAUCGUUGUCAUUCAUUCAGUCUAAAUGCCGUGUCUAUCAACAACGAUCUGUCGUCUCCGUCCACGAAAAUAACGUCAAAUCAAUCAAAUAUGGACGGGCUGUGUGAAGAGCAAUUACAUGUUGGAAUUCUUGAAAUUCAGGGUGGCUUUUCUGAACAUAAGGCUGCUCUGAUAAAAGCUGCACAACUUAUGGGAAUUGAAGCUAUGCUAAAAAUUUAUUCUGUACGCAAAGUUGAAGAUCUGCUUUCCAAACUUUGUGGUUUGAUCAUUCCUGGAGGUGAAAGUACUACAAUGGGUCUCUUCAUCACACGCAACAAAAUGGCUGAUGCUCUACAAGACUGGAUCAAAGAUGAAAAACACAUUGUGUGGGGAACUUGCGCUGGCCUGAUCAUGUUAGCAAAUCAGUCAGAGAAACAGAAAAUUGGCGGACAGUCUUUGAUUGGUGGACUUGAUAUUGUGGUUUCUCGUAACUAUUUUGGCCGUCAAGUGAACAGUUUCCAAGGGAAGGUGAAAAUUGUGGAUAAAAGUCUUCUCAAAGAAAAUACACCUAGUUAUUUUGAAGGUGUCUUUAUCCGUGCUCCUGCAGUUGUCAAAGUAAACAGCCCUGAAGUCUCUACCCUUGCUGUUCUUCCACAUUCAUCAAAAGAAAAAUCUGACACAAUUGUAGCAGUGAAGCAGAAGAAUAUAAUAGGCACAGCGUUCCACCCAGAGUUAACAGAAGACCUUCGGUGGCAUGAAUAUUUUCUGAAAAUUGUCCUUUUUGUACAGAAUCAUUGAAAAUGUUUGAUUACAAUUUUGAAUAUGAUAUUUUUGAAUGUUUGAUGAUAUUAAAAUUACAAUAACAAUA